CCGCCAUGGCGAAGAGCACACAUGGCGGCGUCGCCCGGCAACCGCCGUGACGGGCGGGCCUAACAGCCAAUCAGAGCCGCGUAAAUAGAAAGGAAAAAGAGAUAAGCCAAUGGAAUGCGGAUGCGCCGCCGGAAGGGGAGGGACAUGGGAAAAGAGGCAUUCUGGGAAGGGAAGUCCGUACGGAACCACCCGGAAGCGGCGCAGGGAUCGGGAUCGGGAUCAGGACCGGGAUCGGGAUUAAGGGGGGCCCGGACCCCUCCAGGCUCGGCCGGGGAUGUUCCACGGGAUCGCGGGCCCGGCCGGGAUGGGCGCCCCCGGGAACAAACCGGAGCUGUACGAGGAGGUGAAGCUCUACAAGAACGCCCGGGAGAGGGAGAAGUACGACAACAUGGCCGAGCUGUUUGCGGUGGUGAAGACGCUGCAGGCGCUGGAGAAGGCCUACAUCAAGGAUUGUGUGACCCCAAAUGAGUACACGGCCGCCUGCUCCCGCCUCCUGGUGCAGUUCAAGGCCGCCCUGAAGCAGGUCCAGGGCUCCGAGAUCAGCUCCAUCGACGACUUCUGCCGCAAGUUCCGGCUGGACUGUCCCCUGGCCAUGGAGAGGAUCAAGGAGGACAGACCCAUCACCAUCAAGGACGACAAGGGCAACCUCAACCGCUGCAUCGCCGACAUCGUCUCCCUCUUCAUCACGGUGAUGGACAAACUGCGCCUGGAGAUCCGAGCCAUGGACGAGAUCCAGCCGGACCUGCGGGAGCUCAUGGAGACCAUGAACCGCAUGAGCCACCUGCCCCCCGACUUCGAGGGCCGGCAGAAGGUCAACCAGUGGCUGCAGACGCUCAGCGGGAUGUCGGCCUCGGACGAGCUGGACGACUCCCAGGUCCGGCAGAUGCUCUUCGACCUGGAGUCCGCCUACAACGCCUUCAACCGCUUCCUGCACUCCUGAGACCCUCCCAGUCCAAACCAGUCCAAACCAGUCCCGGCUGGGGCGGGGGGAAAGCCGGGACAAUAAACGGGGGCCGGCGGAUCCCGAAAAAUCA